UGCAUAUGACCUAUCAGUCGUAUUGCCACCUUGGCAGGUUUCCUGGUUUGUUCACGCUAUAUACACGGAACCAUUGGCUGGGAUAACCAGCGCUUUCUUCGCGAAAAGAACAUGUUGAACGGCAGCACGGCAUUCCUCCUGCAGCGUCUCCCCAAUAGGUUCCCCGAUAUUUCUCGGCCUUUCCUUCUGCUCUUCAACUGCACCGGAAUGUUACUGACUGGAACUCUCGGCUUCCUUGGCCUCUUCGCCUACUCGGAGCGGGGCCCCAUCGGCGCCAAGUCUCGGAUCUAUUACCAGGACGUAACCACGAGCAGCACACUACUUGGUCGGGUCGCAGUUAACGUUGAGCUGUGGAUGGUGAUGUCUGGCACAUCGUUGUUCGUCGUAUUUACCCACGGUUUCGUGGCAGUGGUCCGGAUGGACUGGGUUCACCUGAGGCUGCACUCGGUAUGCGUGGCCACUAUCACGGCCGUAGCGUUAAUGAUCGCCACAACAGUUGCUGUGGUGCCGUACCUUGGCAACCCACUCUUUAACAGGUUGCUAACUGCGGAUAUACUGCAUAACUACGGCACUAACCCUGACUGGGACUACUGGUUGGACUCUCUCCAGUCCAGGCUACACUGCUGCGGAAUCAGUACGCAGGCGUACCGCGACUGGGAGCAGAGCGAACAAUACCGUUGCUCUGCUGAUAAUCCAAGUGCGCUUCGCUGUACGGUGCCGCCUUCCUGUUGCAAAGACCGCGAGGCUGCAAGUGUGGGUCGCUUUUGCGGAAGUGGGACCCAGAACUCUACUGAUGACUGGUUGAGUAGGCAUGUCUACCAGCGAGGAUGUGUGAUGGCCGCCGUUGAAGCCAUCAGUGGACACGCUCUGGUAGUUGGGUGCACGUGCAUUCUCGUCACCAUUGCGCUUGCUAUUGCAGCUACCACCGCCGGCGCAAUGAGCAAAAGGGAACAAAGUCUACAUGCUACGCACCUAGAUCAGGACGUCGCUGCAGAAAGUCCCCGUGUGGAACAUUUCAGUUCAAGAAAUGAAUUUGGCAGCUACCAGAUCGUGGAUCAUGGUUCACCAAGUCAUCAGCGACAGUGUUCCCAAAUGGUCUCUGAACAGUCAUAUGGGGCCAAGAUGUUAUCCAACGCAGCCUCUCCCCCUGGUGAAGAACGGUAUCCAGUCAGUGAAGUAGAAGCGCCCAUCUAUUAUGUUCCCAUCGGAAAAGUACUUUCACCCAAACAAGAGAGAAGCUCACAGUGUGCAACAUACUAUUACGACUCAUAACCACAGCUGCAGAUGUGGCAGUGGCUACUUUCAAGAUGUCUACGUAGCACGGCCCUAUAGGUACCAAGAAGAGUAAACCCUUAGUGUGUGUAUCAGGAGAGCUUCAUGCUUGCGUACCAAACUAUUAACAAUUAGAAAUAAGUACGAAUAAAGGCACAUUUUGCUGUGAAUCUCUCCAACUUGCGCUGCCAUAGCAGAUGCAUGCACAGUGCGAGCGAACUCCCACACCGAUAUUCCUAAACGCAAAGUCGUCCCGAAGUCAGCUUCUGCCUGGGGUGAACGUGAAGACUCCAUCUUUAGCUGUGCA